CGGGCCUGGAGCACAGCCGGGUCUAAUAUGCCCGGAGCCGAGGCGCGAUGAAGGAGAAGUCCAAGAAUGCGGCCAAGACCAGGAGGGAGAAGGAAAAUGGCGAGUUUUAUGAGCUGGCCAAGCUGCUCCCGCUGCCGUCGGCCAUCACCUCGCAGCUGGACAAGGCGUCCAUCAUUCGACUCACCACGAGCUACCUGAAGAUGCGCGCUGUCUUCCCCGAAGGUUUAGGAGACGCGUGGGGACAGCCGAGCCGCGCCGGGCCCCUGGACAGCGUCGCCAAGGAGCUGGGAUCACACUUGCUGCAGACUUUGGAUGGAUUUGUUUUUGUGGUAGCAUCUGAUGGCAAAAUCAUGUAUAUUUCGGAAACAGCUUCUGUACAUUUAGGCUUGUCCCAGGUGGAGCUCACGGGCAACAGCAUCUACGAGUACAUCCACCCCUCCGACCAUGACGAGAUGACGGCCGUCCUGGCGGCCCACCAGCCGCUUCACCAUCACCUGCUCCAAGAGUAUGAGAUAGAGAGGUCCUUCUUCCUUCGAAUGAAGUGUGUCUUGGCCAAAAGAAACGCCGGCCUGACCUGCAGCGGAUACAAGGUCAUCCACUGCAGCGGCUACCUGAAGAUCAGGCAAUAUAUGCUGGACAUGUCCCUGUAUGACUCGUGCUACCAGAUCGUGGGGCUGGUGGCCGUGGGCCAGUCGCUGCCACCCAGCGCCAUCACUGAGAUCAAGCUGCACAGCAACAUGUUCAUGUUCAGGGCCAGCCUCGACCUCAAGCUGAUAUUCCUGGAUUCCAGGGUGACCGAGCUGACAGGCUACGAGCCACAGGACCUGAUUGAGAAGACCCUCUACCAUCACGUGCACGGCUGUGACGUGUUCCACCUCCGCUACGCGCACCACCUCCUGCUGGUGAAGGGCCAGGUCACCACCAAGUACUACCGGCUGCUGUCCAAGCUGGGCGGCUGGGUGUGGGUGCAGAGCUACGCCACCGUCGUGCACAACAGCCGCUCGUCCCGGCCCCACUGCAUCGUGAGUGUCAAUUAUGUCCUCACGGAUAUUGAAUACAAGGAACUGCAGUUGUCCCUGGACCAGGUGUCCACGUCCAAGUCCCAGGACUCCUGGAGGACCGCCUUGUCUACCUCACAAGAAACUAGGAAAUUAGCUAAACCCAAAAAUACGAAGAUGAAGACAAAGCUGAGAACAAACCCUUACCCUCCACAGCAAUACAGCUCGUUCCAAAUGGACAAACUGGAAUGCGGCCAGCUCGGAAGCUGGAGAGCCAGCCCCCCCGCCAGCGCCCCGGCGCCCCCAGAACAGCAGCUCCAUUCAGAAGGCAGCGACCUCCUGUAUGCCCCAUCCUACAGCCUGCCCUUCUCCUACCAUUACGGACCCUUCCCUCUGGACUCUCACGUCUUCAGCAGCAAAAAGCCAAUGCUGCCGGCCAAGUUCGGGCAGCCCCAAGGAUCCCCGUGCGAGGUGGCACGCUUUCUGCUGAGCACGCUGCCAGCCGGCGGCGAGUGCCAGUGGCACUACGCCAACCCCCUAGUGCCGAGCAGCCCGUCUCCAGCUAAGAGCCUUUCCGAGCCGCCGGUGAACACGGCUCGGCACGGCCUGGUGCCAAACUACGAAGGUGGGUCCUGUUUGCAUGAGGGGAGGGGGCAGGGCUGGGACCAGCGGCGGUGGCGGUCCUGGGUGGCAGAUGGAAAAAGAAUCCUCCCACUUGGGGCCGCAGCUUUCCCUUUUCUCUGCUGCUGAGUGGGAACUGCGAUGCUUUCCUGCCCUCACUGCGAGUGCUUCCCGGUAGUGAAAAAAGCUGGGUGACAGUCGGUGGGCCUUGUGGGCACCAGGAACAGCGGAGAAGGCAGAGAGAACCAGGUGUUCGGCCACCCACCGUAAAAAUCCUGGUCCUGUUUGCUCCCCACAAGGGAGACAGAAUGAUUUUCCUAUGUACUGAGAACCCCCAGCUGUCAUUAUUUUAUAAGAUUACUUUCUACUCCAUCCAGAGAUGAAUAUGGGACACUACUGGUUUUCUUCCCACACCUGUUUUCAAACUGUGGAAAACAGUGGUGGAAAAUCACAGGCUCAGGGACAGAAAUGCCACUCACCCUCCCAGGGCAAAUAACACCCCCCCAGGACUCAGUUUUUUCAUCUGUAAAAUGGGAUUAUAAGCCAUGUCAGUUGCCUACAGCAGGGCUUGGCACGCAGACAGGAAUGGCCUUCCAUCCAGCUUCUCCCGGAGGCAGGCAAGGAGAGGUCCUCCGUGGAGGUGCCAGCAGCUGCCCCAGGCCCCGACAGAUUCCUGUUUGCUCAAUGGGACAACCCCCAGGCAGAGGGUAGACGGUGGGAGCUGUGGGUCGGCUGUAAGAGGUGUGUUCCUGUUUUAUCCAGAUCUAACUGUCGCUCAGAAUGUAGACCAGGUUUGUGCAAAUGUCCUGCAGGGACCACUAAAUGCCGGGUGAAUGUUACAAGCCCCAGAAAAGAGCCACCUGCUUAAAGAGGAGAGCCCCUUGGAGUCCCCAUCCCCCACCUAACUUUCUCUCUUUGGAGGCAGGUGGGGCUCUGCUGCUUCCCUGAGCUGCUUUGCUGAUCUCUUGCUCUGUGCUGUGACUGUCUUUACAAGGCUUUGACAUACACUUUGUCUUCAAACAUGACAAGAGGGCUAGAUCCCAGGAGAAAUCUAACCUGGAGAUUACCAGGACAUGUUUUUCAAAAGUAGCAGUUUAAAAAAGAACAUACGAGCCACCAGGGAGAACAUACUAGCAACCAGGGCUGUGCAGUCCUGCCUUCUGGCCUCAGCCAGCCCCAGGAGCCACUGAUUUCUCAGAUUUGGAUCCCCAAUACCCAUCAGUGCAUUGGGUCCCUCGAAUAACCAAGAAAGGGAUUUCUUGCACAGCCAAGGAAAGAAAAACAAAGCAAAAGGUUUUGGUAACAGCUGAGAAUAUUACCUACUUGAGAUUGACUUGAAAGAAUUAUUUUGCUUUGUGUGUGGAAGUUGACCAAUGAGAUAACACAGCAUUUGAUUUUUUUUAAUUGCUGUUCUGAAAGUGAAAGAGAUUAAUAACCACUUCAUUUGUCAGAUGCUUGGUAAAAAAAUGGACCAAAGGUGCUAAUUGGGGGCAAUUUGUGAUCGACUUCCUAGCCUUUUUGAUAUUAAAGGAAGACAAAGGAUGUCUUAAGGUUAAAAAGAGGCGGGGGCUGGGGGGGGGAAUAAUUGAUUGCAGACAUCUAAUUAGUGAGAGUGGUUAUUACUUUAAUUAUGACAGUACUAAAGGGAGCAGGGUGAUUACCACUCUGCCCUCCUCAUAGAGGGAUAAGCAAAAAAGAUCAGGGCAGACUGGGACCACCUAACACGAGGGCCAUGGAAGCCUCUACGCUGUCCAAUAUGGUGGCCACCAGCCCCGAGGGUGUGCCCGGAGUAUCUGCACUGCAGUUCGAAGACAGAAACAAGGAAUACACUACCUCCAUGCUUUUUAUAUUGAUUCCUAUUGAAAUGCUAUUUCGGCUAUGUUGAAUUAAAUUAAGUAUCUUACUAACAUUUACUCCACCUGUUUCUCUUCACUCUUUCCUGCGGCUGCUAGAAC